AUGCCAUCGGCUAGAGAGGCAUUUGACAAUACUCGAUGGACUUGGCUUGGGUUCGGCCUUGUCCAAGAUGAAAGGAAGAUAUUCGGAUGCCGGUACGCAUGGGUGCGAUCCCAUGCAAUGCAUAGAUGGUUAUGUGGGACAUUCGGAAAACAUAUGUCGCCAAGGCUUAGGCGACAUGCAAGUAUGACAGCUUGCGUGUAUAGCUUGAGGAUGUGGGCUAUCGUGGACGCUAAAUGA